AGAUUUUUCACAGUCAUCUCAGGGAUUCAAACCUUUCGGUUACUGGCCCAACGCUCUUAACCACUAGGCUACCUGCGACCCUACAAAAGUACAAUAUUGUUAUUUAGAAUUUAAAAAACAAAAAACAUUUUGUUUCAAUAUUUCAGUCUCACUUUUAUUUAUCUUGACGGUUUAUUUGAAGUAUUAUCUCUUAGUUGUCUACAUUUAGGAUAGUUCAGAAGUGUAGCAAACAUUUCGAGGAAAACCUUACAAUGGAGGAUUCAACAGUACCCACGAUUGACCCAGAUUUUGAGCCGCAAAGCAGACCUAGGUCAUGCACAUGGCCGCUCCCCAGACCCGACAUCUCAGCUGUCAAACCGGAGGGGGCCGACGGCCCUGAAUCCUCUGCGGGAACCCCGCCCGCCGACGAUGAUAAGCAGGAGCAACAGCAAAUCAUAUCCGAGCCUGAGAAAGUUGUGGUCACAGAGGGAGGAGUCGUAGCCGGAGUAGGUGGAGCCACGCCCCGAAAGGGAUCAUCCCGGCGCAAUGCAUGGGGGAACCAGUCCUACGCGGACCUGAUUAGUCAGGCUAUUGAGAACUCUCCAGAGAAGCGUCUAACCUUGGCGCAGAUAUAUGACUGGAUGGUGAAAACCGUGCCUUACUUCAAUGAUAAAGGAGAUAGCAACAGCUCAGCAGGGUGGAAGAAUUCAAUUCGCCACAACUUAUCACUCCACAACAAGUUCCUGAGAGUUCACAAUGAGUCCACAGGCAAGAGUUCCUGGUGGAUGCUCAACCCAGAGGGGGGCAAGACUGGGAAAGCACCCCGUCGCCGUGCUGCCUCCAUGGAUAACAGCAGCAAACUGCUGAAGAGCCGGAUGCGAGCCAAGCAGACCAAGAAGGCAGCCGCAGGCUUGGGCGGGACCACUGGGGGAGAUGGCGAUGGGGGCGCAGACAGUCCCAACUCCUCGCAGCAGUUCCCCAAAUGGGGGGUGAACAGCGGCAGCCCCUCAUCCCGUGGUAGCCUAGACGACCCUGACAUGUGGACCAGCUUCCGUCCACGCACCAGCUCCAACGCCAGCACCCUGAGUGGCCGGCUGUCCCCCAUCGGUCCCGGCCAGGAGGAUGAGGAUGACCUACCUGAGGAAAGUCUACUGGGCUACUCCACGGGCAACCUGCCCCCCACCCUCACCGAGACACUAAUGGAGGAGCUGGACCUGAUCGAUGGCCUGACGCUGAUGACCGAGCAGCAGGGAGGGGCUAGUCCCAGCACGGCCCCACCGGCGCCCCCCACCCCUCUGCCCUCUGCUUCCACACUGCUGCCCCGGGGCUCCGGGUUCCCCUCCUUCCGUCAGCUGCAGCCAUCCAACCUCUCCCAGGCCCCCAACCAGACCGGGGGACAGUCAUCAGGCACACAAUGUGGCAACAAUAACAACUCCAAACCCUCAAACUAUGGCAACUCUCUCUUUAACCCCAUGCCCAGUCCUGGCUCCCGUGGGACUGGUCUCUAUGGCACCCAUGUUCGCUCCAGCUUGGAGGCGUUGCUCACCUCGGACUCCCCACCUCCCAGUGAUUUCAUGAUGACCCAGGUGGACCCGCUUAUGCCCAGUCCUGGUGGAGUGGGGAUGAUGGGCAUGGGGGGGCCCAUGGUGGGAGUGCGACCCAAGCCCAACCAGCUGUUGCUGGGGAAGGGGCUUGAGCCCAACACUGUGGCACCCAUGAGGAUGCAGUCCCAGUCCCAGCAGCAGCAACAGCAGCACUCUCAGCUGGGCCUGGGCAUGAUCCUGUCAGGAAUGGCCCAGGACUCUCCACAGCUCUCAGCCCUCAAAGCUCAGCAUGCACAGCUGCCAGGUAUGGGGCCUCACCACAGAGGAGGCCUCUCCGCCAAUAUAGGAGGAGGUCUGCCAGGGAUGGGCCAGUUCGGAACGCCAAGCUGCUUCCUACCAAGUCAAGACCGCUUGCCCACUGACUUGGACAUCGAGAUGUUCACAGAGAACUUGGACUGUGACGUAGACUACAUCAUCAACAGCGACCUCAUGGAUGGAGAGGGCAUCGAUUUCAACUUUGACCCCAUAAUGCCAGGUGGGCAAAGCUACUCUGGCCCUGCAACCACACAGAGCUCCGCCCACAACUGGGUACCCAGCUAACUUCCCAGCAACCUUGCAGCGUUAGCCAGGUAAGGAUCCCCAAUCACACAAAAACUCAACGACACCUACAACAAAGAACACACCUGGUGCAUUCAUUCCUAUUCCUCAUCUCCCUAUUGGCUGAAGAUCCGAUUCCGAAGCUAUUUUUUAAAACCUUUGUAUUUGUACUUUUGACGAAACCAGACCUCAAACAUCCAUGUCACGGGCCAUCCAUGUCCCUCCCCCUAGUAACACUUGCAACUUUUUGGGAGUUUGCCGUAUGUAUUUUUUUAUGAGUGUUUUUGAGAAAAGUACGACAGAAUUUAUUUGGAGUGAAAAGAUUAAGCACAACUAACAACUCUAAACUACUUGGAGUAAAUAUCACAAUUAAUAUUAAUUAUUACUAUACCAAAGUAGUUUUAGGAUCAAUAUGGUACACCUCCUUGAUGUCUUUGAUAUUGAAGGUGAAAUGGACAGUGCACACAGGAAAAAAUUGCCAGUUUUUGUAUAAAUUGUAAGUGGUGAACAAUUACCGACCACCGCCAACUUGGACAUGAAAUGAAGCUGCUGCAUCUUUAUCUAUGGAGGGAAUGGGGUUCACACACAAACACACUCCUCUGGACUUUCCCCAAUGAAAAGUUUGAGAAGAUGCAGCCGGACUGGCACGAGCAAAGGCUGAAGAUGUUAAGUCAUUGGAUGAGACUGAGUUGAGGAUGUAUGAUUUGACAUUGGACUCCGCAUGUUGACCAAACGUAGUCUAACGUUUGGUCGCUUAGUGGUACGACACAAUGUUUCCUUCUGUUUCUUUUUAAUGGAAGAGACCGGAGCUGCAAAGUAACUACGAGUUAUGUCAGUGGUAAUUCAGUAGUUUAACAGUUCAGGGUAUGUGAUAUGCAUUUACAGUUUGCAUUCAUGACUCUGCUCAGUGUGUGCUAAAGUGCAGAGUAGAAAACACUUUGAGGAGUUAUUAUUAUUAUUUUUUCUGAUGUGCAGUUACACUAACAAUCUGAAGAAAUGUGAUUAGUGAGCUUUUUACAGGGGGCAUUCAAAGGUAAUUUUAUUUGCCAACAAAUGAUUUGGUUGGCCAAGUGUUAUAUCAUUGAAAGCAGUUUUCCUCCACUGCUUUACGGGCCGCUUGAAGGUUUUGCGGAACCGGGUUGUGUUUCAAGGCACUUGGGAGUAUUCCUGUCAUGUGGCUCCCGUACUCUAAUGGCAAAAGAAGAGACUAAACCAAGUUAGGUUGAAUAUUUUCAUCAAAGAGAAAAGGCAAGGUUUUAUACAUGCUAUGUAAAUAGACAUGACAUGCUAUGCAGAUCAAUCAGGAGAACUAAAAAGAAAUCUUGAAGAAAAUUGUUAAUCUCCUCUUGAAGGGUUUUGGAUUUUAAUGUUUUCCUGAAAUGUUCUAUCCCUUUAAGUAAGGGAAACCGGGGCUUCAUGUGGGAAUAUCUUCUCACUGAUAACUUUGUUAUACAUUACUAACCAUCCUUUUUAUGACAUUAAUACAAUGUGUGAGAAGUAAAAAAUAAUAUUUGACUAUAGUUUAAUAUACAAUUUAGAAUGGAGGUUAUAUGUGAAAUAUUAACAGAUAUGAAUAUAUUACUAUUACUAAUCAGACGUUAUGGAGAAACAAUUUCAGAUAAUUUCUAACGGUCAUUUUCUAUAUAUUCUUUUAUUUUUGUAAAAGAUGAGAUGCAUGUAGAUUUUAUACAUAACCAAAAGAACACUAAGAAUUGCAUGGCAGAUAGGGGGUGCUUGGGACAAAAAAAAACAUUUUAGUGUAGAUAAGCUUCGCAAGUGGAGCCUGUUCAAAGAAAAUAAAUCUGACAUUUUAACAAAUGACAAGGCAGGUGAGUUGAGGCAAAGUGCAUGCGUGGAUAUACUUGACCAGUAUAACUUGAUUUUCCAAAUUGACUAGCCACUUAGUUCAUUUGACUUGAUUAUUGUGAAAUGUAAAUCCAAGUAAAAACCUGCACGUGGUAUUUACACAAUGGAGGACAUUUUGCUUACAGCAGUGAUGCUGAAUUCACAUCUCAAAAAAAUAUUUGUGUGAAUGAUGCAACAAUUAAGGGUCAUUCAAAAAGAAGAAUAAUGGAAACAUCUUCCUUAAGGGAGUAAUCAGAUAAUCAUCAGAAUUACAUUUAUUUUAGGUGAAUUUCUAUGUUAAAAUACAAGACUGGAAACCAAAAGCCCCUCAUGUUUUGCCAUGUUCUUGAUUGUGUGGCAUUCUUGACAUAAGUGUCUUUGAUUCAUGCCACUUUCAAUUUGACACUUACAAAUUCAAAAUAUAAAUUCAAAUGUUACUUUCUAAGAUGGAAGUAUACAAGAGAUCUUUAGUCAUGUAUAUCAUAACAGUAGUCUUGUUCGAGGUUGUUAAACUGCCAAUAUUGAACACUAGCAUGUUAUUCAAUAGCAAGAUGCACCAUGUCUUUUUUCAUGUUUUUUUCCUUUUGAAGAUGAGUUUUGUAUUAGGAGGAAGUUUGUAUUUAAUUACUUGAUCAUGACAGAAAAAAUGGUUUUUAUCAUUUAUUGUAAA